GGGUCACAGCAAGAGGCGUGACAGUGUCCUGGGCGUCCCCCGUCUAAAGGGCAGCGACUUGUGCUGACUGAGGCCUGGCCUCCCGGGCUCCUCGCUGUGAGAGGCUGGUCAGGGCCAGGGCAGUGGACCUGUCCUCGUCUGUGCAUUGCUGUCUCAAAGCCCAGACACGAGGUACAGUCAGGACGUAGUGUGCUCUGGAAACGCCCUUGUUGGUGUACAGAUAAUUCAUCUGGAACGUUGCCCCAGGCCAGCCUAGCUUGGAUGAUUCCAGACGUUGGGGCAGAGCUGGAUGGAGUCCCAUCCGACACUGGGUCCUGGAAGGGUGGCUCAGUGAACAGUCCCAGGCAAGGAAGAAGGACCUGGCUUGGCCUCCGGGAAGGAAAAGGAGUCUCUCGUGAGAAUCCCAACCCAAAGUCACCAGCCUGAGGGUGCAGCCUCCCGGCUCUGGAACUUCGACGGCUGAGGUCUGAGGACAAGCCGGGCACAACAGUGGCCGCAGCCGCUCUGCCAGGGGCCACCCCGCAGACGCAGCCCUCUGCAGGGAGCUCACGGUGCAGAGUUGUCAACCCGAGGAAGCCGCAGACCAGCAAGCCCUGGCACCCUCCCUGAGGAAUUCAAGACAAAAACGGGUGGAUUUGAGAGAGAACAAAACAGAACCUGGAAGAACGGAGAAGAGUGUGUCCUCAGGGCCGCAUCCGGAGGCGGAGCCUGUGCAGCGAGUCGCACGGCUUCAUAUACAGAAUCUACAAACUUACACUAAUGUAAGUUUAGUGUAAAGAAUCAUCGCCUAGUGACACAGGCUGAGCGAGAAAGGGGUGCAGACACAGUGGGCGCAGGGGGAGCAGCGCCCGCAGGGCUGAGCCCCGCGCCCAGGAGGAGCACAUUUCGGAGACCACGCCCCCGCCCCACCCCCAGCCCCACCCCCUGUUGGCCAGGGGCCGCGGCCGAGGCGCCCACCCGCUGGGACGCUGGCGAGACUGGGGCAGGGGUGCUCGCCUGGAGGUCGUGGACAGCCCCGCGGGGCCGGGGUACCUCUGCCGGCAGAGGGGAAAUAUCUGCAGAGCCGGCAUCAGAGCCAAGCGAGGAAGCGGGGAGAGGCGAGACUGGCGUUAACAACGAAAACCUCCCUGGAUGGGCCAAGCACCAAGGGGGUGCCCGAAGCUGAGGGCAGCGGAAGCCAAGAUAACUGGUCUUCAAGUUCACCUUGGUCAGCCACGUCUCCGCCAAGUCAACCUGCCUCCUGUGCCCGUUAAGCCACAGACCCACACCUUGCGUCCCAUUCGUGAAUCAUCUGAGACGGACGUGAUGCACCAAAAUAUUUACGACUACAUCCACGUGGACGACCGCCAGGACUUCCGCCGGCAGCUGCACUGGGCCAUGGACCCUCCCCAGGCUGGGUGUGGGCAGAACCUGCUCUCGGAGACAGGAGAGGACGCCGUCCUGGGGAGGCUGCUCCGGGCCCAGGAGGGGGCCGCGGGCUGGCCCACCGAGUACUCGGCCUUCCUGACGCGAUGCUUCAUUUGCCGCGUGCGCUGCCUGCUGGACAGCACCUCGGGCUUCCUGACGAUGCAGUUUCAAGGGAAACUAAAAUUCCUGUUCGGGCAGAAGAGGAGGGCCCCGUCGGGAGCCGCCCUGCCCCCUCGGCUCUCCCUGUUCUGCGUCGUGGCGCCCCUGCCUACUGCGCUGAAGAUGCAGAGCGCGUGUCUGAGGGCGAAGCACAGGGCGGACGUCUCGGCCACGCCGGACACAAAAGCAAAAGCUGCCGCAAGCCUCUGUGAACCAGAAUUGCACGGAAAACCCAGUUACUUAGCAGGGAGGGGCAGCGGAGGAAACGGCCUGUCCGUGUUCAGGAGGCCCGCAGACGCCUGCCACUGGGGCCGGCUGGCAAGCCGGGGCCCCUGCCUGUGCCUGCGGGGCGGCCACGAUCUCCUCCACCCCCACCCCGAGGGGGCCGCAGGGGAUGGGCGAGGAGAGGAACUGGGGGGGGUGCCGAGGGGCCCCUCCUGCCCAAGGGAGCGGAGGGACGUCCCCCCAUACAGCUGCCACCUCGAGACACAGGGACCCUCGAAGCACCUGAACUGGACGCCGGGGAGACACGGUCAGGACAGCGGCACCAAACUGAAGCUGGAACCUGGCAAGGGUGACCCGUUCCCCGCUGCGCCGGCCCGUGGCGCCUGCCUGCCCUACCCGGGCACACAGGGCACUGUCCACGCCGUCAGGAGUUCACCUGGCUCUCACCAGCCCAAGCCUCCCCCCGGGCCCUGCGCCGGCCGGACCAGCAGAGCCUUGCGGGAUGGCCUCCAGGGCCAGGCGCCCCUUCCCACCAGCUGCCCCUUCCCGCAGGGGAGCCUGGAGGACGGGCUUCCUCGGCCGGGAGCGCAGCAUCUCCCCGCGGGGUGCUAUCCCACCGAGAACAAGUUCCGAGGCGUCCCAAUGCCCCCGGGAGCCCCGUGUAACCCCAUAUUGUCACUCGAUGUGCCCAUCAAGAUGGAGAGUGAAUCCGGGUCCGAGGAUGCGGCGGAUGGCUACUCUGUGUCCCCGAGCCAGGCGUGGCUGGGGGCCAGUGACGUGGCCAAGAGACAGCUGGUCACUUUCCCUACCAGGAUGCACCUGAAGAUGGAGCCGAACUCCAGGCACCCCCUCUACAGCCCACCCCUGGGGCCCGGCCUGCUGGGGGCCCACCCCAGGCCCAGCAGGGAGCUGGCCCCGUUGCACCCCGCACACUGCGCCUGCCUGGAGCCUCCGCCCCGCCUCUGUGCUGGGGGCCACCAACCCCCCAGCCUGGGCUGUGACUGCCAGGCUCCCGGGCCUGCACCUGUAGUCAAGCUUGAGCCCCUGGACACGCCCCCGUGGGCCGCUCACAGCCAGGGUGGGGUGCCCGGGAUGCUCCCCAGGAGUGCCUUGGCGACACGGAUGCCACCCAGAGACCCCGAGUGCACGUUCCUGCCAUAGAGCAGGCUUCUGUCAAGGCUGACGUCCGUCCCUCAGCCGGCCGGGAUGGCAGUGCAGGGGCAGAGACUUUCCUGAGGGAGGCGCGUGCAAUAGCAAAUCCUGUAUCUCGUCCAACGCCACUGAAGUUCUUAAAUGCAGAGUGGUCUUAAGUCUGCUCAAGUGUGAUAGUAUUGCCCUCUAAGGGGACACGGUUUCUCAGAAAGAGGCCGGAGUGAGCCGGGCCGCCUGGCCGGGCAGCACUCGGCGCUCCGAGAGGUGCGGCAAGCGAGGGCAGGCGACCGGCGACCUGGCCCGACUGCAGCGUCCAGCGCCCCCCCUUCCCGGCUUCCCCGACGCCGCCUCCGGUGAGUGGACCUCGGGGAGCAGCCUCACCCAGGGGGUCCCACUGCCGAGACAGCAAGUUGGGAAUCAAGCUUACUGAGCGGCAGGUGACCGCUUGCCCGAUCCUGGGCGGAGUCCAGAAGUUCCAGGCAGAAGAGGCUGUCAGCACCGGGCCGGCACUUCAUGACGUGCCUGAGGUGCUGGCACAGGCUGAGGCCGGCCCGGGGGAGGAUUGGCCGCUGUUCCUCCUUCCGCGAGCAUCUCUGGUGUUGUCAGGGGGCUCCCGAAGGUGGUUCUUGCUCAUCUGCUUCUCACCGCAUCACACAACCUAGUUUACAGGGUCUGGAUCUGGAAGUCUAGAGAAGUACAAGAUGUAGGGAAAGGAACGAGUUAGUCCAGUUGUCCAGCUGUCUUGCUGACUCUGUACAUGUUUUUAAAUGAGACGCCAAUCAUCAUCCCAGGAGGAGCUAUUAGAGACAAGGCAGACAGGUAAUGCUUUAUAAAAACCAAAAAAUUGUGGGGACUCCCCUGGCGGUCCAGUGGUUACGACUCCAUUCUUCAAAUGCAGGGGCGCAGGUUCAGUCCCUGGUCGGGGAACUGAGAUCCUACGUGCUGUGCGGUGUGGCCAAAAAAAAAAAAAAGAAAGAAAAAAUUGUGAAGGUAACACAUUCCGAACGCAGGAAAUUAGGAUGCAAAAGAAUAAAUCUGAAAGUGCAGGUCACCUGCAAUCACCAGGGGUGGCUCGUGGCUCAGGGCGAAGGUCACUGCGCCUUCCGGGUGACGCCACGCCACGGGUGCAGUUAGCGCAGGACACGACACCAGGGGACAAAAUCACCACCGAGCAGGGGGAAGCUGGUCGGAGACCCCUCUGUGCUGGGGCUGGAGACCCUCCUUACGGGUGCGAUCAUGCGUCCCAGGAGGCUCGGGAGGCGCAGGGGCCCCUUGCAGCCCCGCUGCGUUCAGCGGGGGGUCUUUCUGUCCAGCAUCUGUGGCUUUGGGGUGUCAGUGUUCAGCUCCUGAGUUAAUGCUGAAGCUGUUUGCUAAAUGCAUCGUCACCCUGUCAGACUCAGGACUGGGCUGGCGGGACUGGGUCUUCUGGACCCUUAGGCAGCUGCCUGCUUCGUGGAGGGGCUUCCCCUGGGGGGCGUGGUGGGAGCUGAAGGUCUCUCCCUGGGCUGACAGAGGUUACUCGUUGGAGCCCAGGGUUGGGAGUCAUCAAUCUGUGGCUUCCUGGGAUCCCCGUGCCCUGCCCAGCAGCCUGCUCAUCUCGGCCCAGCCCCCGGGGGCCUUGCAAAAGUGACAUCGGUGCUGUGCUGUCCCCCCCUCCCUCGCCAGAGUCUCCCCCUCCCUGUCACGAUGGCAGCCAGGCUGCCCAUCAGGACCACCUGCUUCCCACCCUCGCCCCCCACUGGCUCAGCAUCCCUCUCUACUUAGUUCUCACGCUGAGCCCAGCACACCUGAUAGAUUUAAUCCCUAAGACAAGGGAUGGAAUUUCGGAAACUUCCUCCUUCCUUUCUAUUCAAGGCAAGUGCCCAGCUCCUCGCAGGCAGCCCUGCACCGUCUUUCAAAAGUAACUGUCAGCCUCUCUGGAGCUCCCUCUGUGCAAUGUCACCCUCGGCACAGGGGUGGGUCCUGGGAUGCACCGGGGCACCCCUCAGCGUGACGCUUGCCCCUCCUGUCUCAGGGUACAGCAGACAGGUGCGCUGCAUGCGCGUAACACAAAAGCGGGAAAACCCUGGACCGAAAAGAUGGACUUGAGAGACACCAUUGCAUGUUUGCACACUGUAGCCGGAUCCCAGUGUAACCAAAGAAGAGCUGCAGGCUGAAGGACAUUCAGCUGUCGCCUCCCAUGAGGGCCACGGUGCCCAAACGUUUCAGAUGGCACCCACUCUCCCGGGACCAAGUGCACCAAAUUGGUCACGGUUGGUGGGUAGACAAGUCGUGCGUUGCUGAUGCAGAAUUCAGCAUCUGGACAUCAGCACUGCAGGUCUUGCAUUCUGGAGAGGCCAUCAUGCUUGGGGCCCAGGUCCUGACAUGCUAGGUCGGUGGGAACAAAACGUCCCUCAGGGCUUCCCUGGUGGCGCAGUGGUUGAGAGUCCGCCUGCCGAUGCAGGGGACACGGGUUCGUGCCCUGGUCUGGGAAGAUCCCACAUGCCGUGGAGCAGCUGGGCCUGUGAGCCACGGCCGCUGGGCCUGCGCGUCCGGAGCCUGUGCUCCGCAACAGGAGAGGCCACAACAGUGAGAGGCCUGUGUACCGCAAAAAACAAAAACAAAAACAAAAACAAAAAAACUCCCUCAGUCAGCAGCACCUUUGUUAUUUUCCAGCCAUGCCCCUGCUGAAAAAUCGUGUGGGGAAGGCGAGGAUGGAAUGUAGAAGGUCAGGUGUGGCCAGUCCUGCUUUAAAAUGUCAUUACCAGUGCUAAUUACGGGCUUGUAUUUUCUGUUGUCUGUAGCUUUUGUCUAUGUAGCUGAAAAAUAUUAAAAUCAAAUAUGAUGUAGGAAUGGGGUGGAAGGGAGGAGAUAAACACAAAUUAUAUUUUAUAUUUUUGCAGUUUCUACUGGAUGAAAAAAGUUUUCAAUAUCUAGACUGACUUGUUGAAUUUUUAAAAAUGGAUCCACUAUAAUAUAACUAUUUGUACUGUUUUCUCAGUGCCUUUAGAAAGCUUUCAAAUACACUUCUGAUACUGUGGUUUGUAUUAAAUUUGCAAUAUUGAUGUAAAAU